AUGGACUCGGACGAGGGCUACAAUUAUGAGUUCGAUGAUGAAGAGGAUGAGGAAGAGGAGGAGGAGGAGGAGUGCAGCGAGGACAGCGGGGAAGAGGAGGCCGAGGAUGAGGAGCUGCUGGACCCGGCUGUGGCUGGAGGAGAAGCCGAAGAUUGCGCUGACACCGGCGGCGGCGGCGGAGGAGGAGGAGGCCUGGGGCCCGGCCAGGAGGAGGAGGACUACCGCUUCGAGGUGCUGACCACCGAGCAGAUCCUCCAGCACAUGGUGGAGUGUAUCAGGGAGGUCAACGAAGUCAUACAGAACCCAGCUACGAUAACCAGAAUCCUCCUCAGUCACUUCAACUGGGACAAAGAGAAGCUUAUGGAGAGGUACUUUGAUGGAAAUCUCGACAAGUUGUUUUCAGAGUGCCACGUCAUAAACCCCAGUAAAAAGCCCAAAAUGCGACCAAUGAGCACACGCUCCUCCAGUCAGGAUAUGCCCUGCCAGAUCUGCUAUCUCAACUAUUCAAACUCGUAUUUCACAGGCCUUGAAUGUGGGCACAAGUUCUGCAUGCAGUGCUGGGGCGACUACUUAACCACCAAAAUCAUCGAGGAAGGGAUGGGACAGACUAUCUCGUGUCCUGCUCACAAUUGUGAUAUUUUGGUUGAUGAUAACACUGUAAUGCGCCUGAUCACAGAUUCUAAAGUGAAGUUGAAGUAUCAGCAUUUAAUCACAAAUAGUUUUGUAGAGUGUAACAGACUGUUGAGAUGGUGUCCAGCUCCUGACUGCCACCAUGUGAUCAAAGUUCAGUAUCCUGAUGCCAAACCAGUUCGCUGCAAAUGCGGGAGACAGUUCUGUUUCAAUUGUGGAGAGAACUGGCAUGACCCUGUUAAAUGCAAGUGGUUGAGGAAGUGGAUAAAGAAGUGUGAUGAUGACAGUGAAACAUCCAACUGGAUUGCAGCAAAUACCAAGGAAUGUCCCAAAUGUCAUGUGACCAUUGAAAAAGACGGCGGCUGUAAUCACAUGGUGUGUCGAAACCAGAGUUGUAAAGCAGAGUUCUGCUGGGUUUGUCUCGGCCCUUGGGAACCUCACGGCUCUGCUUGGUACAACUGCAAUCGCUACAAUGAAGAUGAUGCAAAGGCAGCCAGAGAUGCUCAAGAGCGAUCUCGUGCAGCCCUGCAGCGCUACCUCUUCUACUGCAACCGCUACAUGAACCACAUGCAGAGUCUGCGCUUCGAGCACAAGUUGUAUGCACAGGUGAAGCAGAAGAUGGAGGAGAUGCAGCAGCACAACAUGUCGUGGAUCGAGGUGCAGUUCCUGAAGAAGGCCGUGGAUGUGCUGUGCCAGUGUCGCUCCACGCUCAUGUUCACUUACGUCUUCGCCUUCUACCUCAAAAAGAACAACCAGUCCAUCAUUUUCGAGAACAAUCAGGCUGAUUUGGAGAACGCUACAGAGGUGCUCUCGGGUUAUCUAGAGCGAGAUAUCUCCCAGGAUUCUUUGCAAGAUAUUAAACAGAAAGUUCAGGAUAAGUAUAGAUACUGUGAGAGCCGGCGACGAGUGCUGCUGCAGCACGUUCACGAGGGCUAUGAGAAAGACUUGUGGGAGUACAUUGAAGACUGAGCAGAACUGCUGCGUCACCAGCUUCGGAGGGUGGUCUCCAGUCGGUCAUCACCACAACCCCUCUCCAUGUUGCAUCCUUUUUACAUGGCAUCUGGAUUUUUGCUGUUAUUUAGAGUUUAAUUUCAUUUUACUGAAAUAAAAAGAGAGUAUUCAAAUACAACUCCUACGUCAGUAUUGCAGUCUGUAAGUGUUUAUCGUCGAAACUGCUCAGAAAUGUAUUCCAUUCUCCGAGCUUUCUGUGGAGAUUCUUCAGUAGUCUGUUUUUAUUUGAUUUUGAUUGUUUUUUGUGCUUUUUGUCUGAAGUUGUUUUUAUAGUUGGAGUAGAGAUUGGCUUGUGUUAAGCAUAGCUCUACAGGUCCGAGCCAUGCGGAGUGUGUUGUGUUUUGGGAAUGCUUGGUUGGGUGGCUUUAUGCAGAAGUGUGUAUUUCCAGCUGUAAAUAGCACACAUGCAUGGAACAUGGAGGGGGAAGCAUCUUUUUUUGGAAAAAUAUUUAUGUACAGAUAUUCAAGAAUGUGUUUAAACAACAUGAGAAGAGGCCACGUGACAUUCUUGCCUCUUUUUUUUUUUUUUUUUUUACGUUUUUUUUUUUUUUGCUGGAGGUUAACAACCUUUUCAGAACGUUGCACAACUGAAUCAAAGGAAGGGUAAAAGUAGCCUUAAUUACAUGCAAAUAUACAAAGGAUAAAAAGUAGAAUUACACGAAUCUCACACUGAAAUAUCUGGGUCAUUUUUCACCCCAAAAUUAAAAGGAAAAAAAUAACGUAUAUUUUGCAUAAAGAAAAUUAAGCUUAUUUUUUUGAACCAGUUUACAUCAUUUAAUUAAAUCCAUUGAAAUUUUAACAAAAUUCUCAUUACCAAAAUGUAAAACAACUUAAUUUGGGUAUUAUAGUAAACAAUUUAGUCCCUUUUUCUAUUACAAAUUCCACACCAUAAAAAAUUCUUCAGUGUUCUCCUAAAAUAUUUUCUAUAUUCAAAUCAAAUUGAUUUGUGUUUGAGGUGAAAUAUGACCUGGAAAUGUUCUUUACGUGAGAUUCAACCAACUGCUCUCUUUGUUAAAUGCAAUUCCGGAUGUGGACAUUUUAGGUGUUUGGUUUGAGCUAAGAUCGACUGGAACAUCCACUCACUCGCUUGUUUUUAUGAACCAUCUCAUUUUAGUUGAUGUUUGGCUAGACGUUUAUCUCUUUUCGACAGCUGUUAUAGCGAACACACUACCAGAUGUUCCAUGAGAGCAAACCUGAGUGACAUUCACUCACUGAUAACUAAAGUCUCAAAUGCUUUGACCUGUUUCUUGUUUUCCUUGUUACAUGUAUGCACCUUUUGUAGUGUGAGAGAAGGCAGAUGAUAUAUUGAAAGCACUGUGUUGUAUUUCUUUACGUAACUGCUAAGUGGUUACGAGGCUCACUGGUACUGACUAUCGAGCACUAUGUAGAGUAGAUCGAACCGAAACACUGCAUAGUCAAGCCUGGCUGUGAGGAACAAAAACUUGGCCUUUCUGUGAAACUAAUAGGGCAAAAAUGAACGCUGUGUUUACACUAAUAUCAGAAAUGGCAAGAGAGAUUGAGCUCAGUACAGUAUGUGAACAGUUGUUGUUUUUAUAUAUAUAAUUUUUCUCAGUUUUCCAUUUCUGUAUGUAAUUUCCUAACCCAAUGCAUGGUAAUCAUUCUCAGUGCAUCAAGCACCUUUGCGUCUGAACUGGGUUUGUAGGAUAGCUUAUAGAAGCUAAUUCUAAUUUCCCAUUUUUUGGCCUCCGUGAAGAUUGUGUUCAUGUUUUAUGAAUCCCUUAUUGGAAAAGAAAACACAAGUGAGGAACGGCAGUGUUGCCUGUGCUGACAGAUGAGAUUUUUCUUUCUUCACCAAAGUGUGAAUAUAUGAAUUAAAAGUGAACAGUCUCUGAUUUAGAGAAAUGUUCACCUACGAUGGCUUUCCUGUGUUAUAACCAUUCUUAUAAAAAAAUGUCCUAUUUAAAUAAAUCUCAUUAAAAAGCA